AUGGGUCUUCUUCGCUACCUGCGCAAGGUCUACGACCUCGACACCCUCGACACGCGGUUUACAUCCUCGACGUCCGUCCCUUACCAGACAGUCAUUGAUUCUCGCGGCGACCCAGUCAUAGAGAGAGAGGCCGCAGCCAAGGCCCGAAGCUCAGCUCCGCCGUCGAAAUGGCGCACGCCCGAGUUCUUCCUCUACUAUGUCGUAUUCAUCUUCGUGGUCCCGUAUAUGUUCUGGAUAGCCUAUGAUGUCUCAAAGCCUUCUGAUCCUAGAUACCCCAAAUACGAACGGUUCCUCUCCGACGGAUGGAUUCCAGGGCGAAAAAUCGACAACUCCGAUGCGCAGUACAAUACGUUUCGAGGCAACUUCCCUGUCAUGACGGGCCUUUUGAUAUUCCACCCAUUGCUACGAAAGGGGUGGGAAUCUGUGUAUAAGCCCUCCGCGCGAGGCAGCAGAGGCUCGACAAGACUGGAUCAACGUACCGCAUUUGACUUUAUUUUUGCCAUCAUCUUCAUUGUCAUUCUUCACGGCAUAUCGUCCUUCAAGAUUCUCGCUAUCCUCGGCAUCAAUUAUCAAAUUGCGACCAAGCUGCCCCGACAAUACGUCCCCGCAGCAACAUGGAUUUUCAAUAUUAGCACAUUGUUCGCCAAUGAACUCACCAUGGGAUACAGACUCCAGCUUUUAGCCAAUUGGGUUGGCCCUCCAUGGGGACCGCUGGCGCAUUGGGGCUAUUGGUUGGAUAGAUGGGGGGGAAUCCUCAAACGCUGGGACAUUCUUUUCAACAUUACCAUUCUGCGGCUCAUCAGCUUCAACUUGGACUACUACUGGAGCAUCGACAAGCGCAAUGUCAACUCUCUAGAGAAGAAGGGAUUGGAUCCCGCCAAUCUUUCCGAGCGCGACCGAAUUUCGAUUCCUGCCGAUAUUAGAGAUUUCUCGUUUCGCAACUACUUGGCCUACGCGUUGUACGCGCCGCUGUAUAUUGCCGGUCCGAUCUUGACUUUCAACGACUAUAUUUCCCAGUCCAAGUAUCGUGCCGCGAGCAUUGAAUGGCCCCGCACUAUUCGGUACGGCAUUCGAUUCCUGCUUGUCCUCCUCUCCAUGGAGCUUGUACUACACUACGACUACGUUGGCGCAAUCAGCAAGGCGGCUCCUGUGUGGAGCGACUACACUGCUGCCCAGCUCAGUCUACUAUCCUUCUUCAACCUCCACAUCAUCUGGCUGAAGCUACUGCUUCCUUGGCGCAUGUUCCGCCUCUGGGCCUUGGUGGAUGGCAUUGACCCGCCUGAGAACAUGGUUCGAUGCGUGAGCAACAACUACAGCACGCAGCUCUUCUGGCGCGCCUGGCAUCGGUCGUAUAACCGCUGGCUCAUCCGGUACAUUUACGUCCCUCUCGGCGGCUCCUCGUUUCGCAACUGGCGGUCUACAGUCAGAUCCAUCCUCACGUUCCUUAUGGUUUUCACAUUUGUCGCCCUUUGGCACGACAUCAAACUCCGCCUGCUCAUCUGGGGCUGGCUUAUUGUUAUUUUCAUGGUGCCGGAGUGGACUGCUGCCUACUUUUUCCCGAAGAAGAAGUGGGAGAACCGGCCCACGGAGUAUCGCAUGCUCUGCUGUGUUGGCGCAGUGGCCAAUGUGCUCAUGAUGAUUUCGGCCAAUUUGGUUGGCUUUGCAGUUGGUCUUGAUGGAUUACAGAGCAUCCUCAGCAGCAUUCUGCAUGAUUGGUCAGAUCUGUGGCGUACAACUUUCAACGGCAUUACGGGGGCUAAGAUGAAUGGGAGCUAG